GCCGGCGUCGCGUCGACGAUUCAUCGCCGUCGCUGCUCAUCGCCGUCGUCCCAACAGUUCGACACGACGAUGCGGACGGCAGUGUCUACGUUCGCAGCGAAGACAGAGCAAUGCAUGCUUGUCUUUGAGAUCUCUGAUUACAGGCUGCACAAGGGUAUGGGGAUCGGUGAGUUUAUCAGAUCCGGCACCUUCACCGUCGGUGGCUACGACUGGGCCAUCUGCUUCUAUCCCGACGGGGACGUCAAUAGCGCAGGUUACAUCUCAGUUUAUCUGGAGCUCUUGAGCAAGGACACCAAGGUGUGGGCCAGCUGUGAUCUGAGGCUGGUCGACCAAAUCACCAGGUUGUCCACGUCAGUGAACAGGACUGAGCUAAGGGUGUUCAAGUCCGGUGAUACUAUUAGUAGACGUGCUCCAUAUAAUGGCACAUUCAUUUGCCGGAGCCAAUUCGAGGCCUCAUCCUACCUUAAGGAUGAUCACUUCACCAUCCACUGCAUCACAACUGUAAGACAACCACAUGUGUCUGGACCUGAAUUACUGAACAAGAUCCAGGUCCCGCCAUCCAGGAUCACUGAGCUUCUUGGCAAAUUGUUGGAUGAAGGGGAAGGAGCAGAUGUCACUUUCAGGGUUGGAGGAGAGACUUUCGCGGCACACAAGAUAGUGCUCGCUAUGCGGUCUCCAGUUUUUAAGGCAGAGCUGUUUGGGCAAAUGAAGGAGGCGAGGGAACAGCUUGUGACCAUACAAGAUAUGCAGCCAGAUGUGUUUAGGGCCCUGCUGUAUUUCAUCUAUACCGAUUCUUUGCCAGCUGACAUGGAUGUUCGAGAUGGAGAAGGUUACAGAGAAAUGAUACGGCAUUUGCUUGUGGCUGCCGAUAGAUAUGCUGUGGACAGGAUGAAGUUGGUAUGUGCAAGCAUCCUUUGCAAGAAUCUUCAUCCCAAGACUGUGUCUGCUACUUUGGCUUUGGCUUAUCAUCAUAACUGUGACAGGCUUAAAGAUGUUUGCCUAGAGUUCAUCACCAGUUCAUCAGACGUGAUGAAUUCAGUGAUGGCAACUCAAGGCUAUCAGAAUCUUAAGGCAACUUGCCCUUCUGCACUAGUAGAUGCAUUUGAGAAGUCGUCAAAGAAGUUCCAAAAAACUUAAGGUUAUUGUUUGAAGCUGUUCAUCAGCGCAAAAGUUCUCAAGUUACACAAAUUCUCUAAAGAUUUUUCUCUAGUGGCUCAUAACAUCCAUAUAUCGUUUUGCAGCAGCAGCUUAGAGUUAGACGAAUCUUAAAAUGGUUAGGCUAAAUAUUUCUUUUCAGCAAAUAGAACUGUCAUUUGUUUUGCUAUGUCUUUCCAUCCUGUCGUCAAUCUAGUAAUGUUUAGUUGCACAU